AUGGUUCGGACAAAGGCAGACAGCGUCCCUAGCACAUACAGAAAAGCUGUUGCUGCAUCGGCGCCCAGGAAGUCUCUUGGAGCUUCAAGUUCUUCAAAUUCACCGAAUAAUUCUCAAGCAGGGACCCCAGCCAAAAAUAAGUAUGCUGGGGGCAAUCCAGUUUGCCCACGCCCUACCCCUUCCUGGCAGAAAGGCAUUGGAGAUUUCUUUGGUGGACCCAGUAGGAAGCCUGAGAAGGAGAAUCAGUGCCCAGUCUCUGAUGAGGAAGAGGCUGGAGGCAGUGGUUUGUCAAUGGCUCCACGGAAAUCUAGACCAUUGCCUGAAGACGAAGAUGAUGACUGA